AUGGCAGUGGCAUCAAUGUCCAAUUCCAUCGAACAACCACCAUCACCAUUGUAUAAUACUCGAAGUACUUCUGUUAAACGACUAAUGCGUGAAGCUGUAGAAAUGAAAGAGCCAACAGAACUUUAUUAUUGUCAACCAAUAGAAGAUAAUUUAUUCGAAUGGCAUUUUACAAUACGUGGUCCUAUUGCAACAGAAUUCGAACAAGGUAUUUAUCAUGGAAGAAUUUUAUUUCCUGUUGAAUAUCCAAUGAAACCACCAUCGAUUAUAUUACUUACGGAAAGUGGUCGUUUUAAAACAAACGAAAAAAUUUGUUUAUCAAUAUCCGGUCAUCAUGUUGAAACAUGGACACCAACAUGGGGUGUACGAACAGCUUUAUUAGCUAUUAUUGGUUUUAUGGAAACACCUGGUGAAGGUGCUUUAGGUUCACUGGAUUAUACACCAGAAGAACGAAAAAUUCUUGCUAAAAAAUCGCAAUCAUAUGUAUGUUCAAAAUGUGGUGUAGCUAAUAGCCAAGUAUUAUUACCAUUAACAGAAAAAUCAGUUGAUGCUCAAAAAGAAGCUAAAGAAUUAAUGAGUCAAAUUAAUUUCGUUAAAAAAGAUGAAACAAAACCUGAAGCACCUUCAGCAACAACCUUAGAUAAAACCAUUAUUGAAUCACCACCAUUAUCAGAUUCAACAGUAGAUUCAAGAUCGGAUGUUUCUCCAACAACUACGCCUAAUGCUACAAUACGAUCACCAACAAAUAUAUUAUUACCACGUCAAAAUGAAUCGAGUAAUAAUCUACUGAGCAUGUUUAUCUUUCUUUGUUGUUUGAUACUAUCAUUUCUACUAUUACGACGACUUUUUUUAACAUUUGGUACAAGUCGAUCAUUUCCACCAUCAUCAACGGAUCCAUUUCAUGAAGACUUUUGA